GCUGGUAUUUACUCUACUUGGGUUCCUGGGAGCUUGCGCACAACAAUGCAAGCCAAGUCGAUUAUCUCACUAUGGGUACGCACUGAAGGCUUUUGCGUAUUCUAAGUUCAAAGCAAAAGACCUCGAUGUGUGMAGUCUGAAAUGUGUUGAAGAUCAACAGUGUAAAAGUAUCAACUUCAACCUUGUAUCUAACGACUGUGAACACAACAUGGCGGUUAGAAAAGGUUUCUCAUCGUUCUUCGUCAAAGAGGGCAACUCCGUUUAUGCAGACGUAAGAGAUCCAAGAUACGGAACGAAAAAGGAACUAUCAGUCCACUCGUGUAAACGAAUCCGUGAACUCAAUCCCGAUGCACCAAGCGGAGUGUACUGGAUCAAACCAGGAAAUGACGUCACUCCAUUUCAAGUCUACUGUGAAAUGACCAUCGAUGGAGGAGGCUGGACCCUAGUCUACAGUUACCGAUUCACAAAUUUUGCUAACUUCAUUGCUGCAUCCAAUGCUGUCACCCCGUUUCCAACAUGGCCUAUAAGCCAAUGGGAUUCUUCAACUUGGACACCAAGGUCUAGCGUGGCUCCUCUGAAUGAAACAGCGUUAUCCGCGAUGGAUUUCCCACUGUGGAGGAAGAUUGGUGACGAGUUCAUGGUGAAAUCGAACAUCACGCAUUGGGUAGCAUGCUUGAAGGGCACGGGGGAUGUUCUCAACUGGAAAACUGGGUCCCUGAACUGCAGGCUUAUAAAGAACGUGGCUCAAGUCUGUCUCAAUUACGUUCCAACUCAUUUUGUUCUUAAGACACAAUGUGGUGUUGCUUUGUAUAGAAGCGGAGAUCAUUCUUUCUUCUUUGAAGGUAACUUAAGAGAGUGUUAUCCAGUCCACGACUCGUGCGGUAAGCGGUCAAUUCAUAAUCAUCUGAAAAAUAUCGCUCAUCCUGGAGGUGCUUUGUAUGUUCGCUGAGAGACAAUCAACUACUUUGGACACUUCAUUGCCGUAGCCAUGGGUACUCCGGUUUCAACUGCCCCAAUCUUUUUAGCACCGUU